GUUUUGUUUCCGGGAUAUUUGGUGAUGUGGCCACAUUCAGAAAGCAGGGCGAAGAAUAAUAAAUAAAAAGAAACCCACGUAUCCGCGGAGUAAACGUAAAGGGCAGCGAUGCUCAGUCGACUGGCCCAGGGAGUGAACUCCGUCAUCCAGGAACUGUCUGGGGAGGAGAGCCAUGAGGGAGGCUCCUUGUCCCAGGAUGUUGGGGCCCCCGAGGACCCGGCGGAAGCUGCUGCGGUGGGAGAGGAGGACACCCUGGAGAGGCUGGCCCACACCGAGCAGCUGGUGGUGCAGCUGAAGGAGAUGAUCAGAGAGAGGGACGGCCAACUGGCCAGCACUCAGAGACAGCUGAAGGAAGAGAAAGAGGCAGGAGAUGUUCGUUUAACCAAACUCAAGCUACAAGCCAAGGCUCGCAUGGCUGCUCUGAACAAGCAGAUUGCAGAACUUAAGGGACAGGAGGGUGGAAGCAGCACUCAGAGUCCUGAUAGCUCUUUCACCAUGGUACCUGGUAUGGAGGAGGAGCUCCAGCAACUUAAGCACCGUCUCCAGGAGGAGGAGUCUGUGUCGAGGACCCUGCGAGAGCAGCUGGAGGUGUCCGAGCAGUGCCUGCGGGAAAAGGAGGGACAUGUAGAACAGGUACGGGUCCUGCAAGCAGUGGUGUGUGAGAAGGACGUGCGCUUUCAGGAGCAGAUCCAGAAACACGAGGAGGAGCUGCUGAACAUCACAACACAGGCCAAAGAUAACACUGAGCUGCAACAGGCCCUUGGAGCAGCUCAGAGGCGGGUUGAGGAGCUGGAAGAGAUGGUCCAUUCACGCUCUCAGGUCCUGGAGAUGCUGCAGCAGGAGCUCAACGACGCAGACCAGCAGAAGCAGAUCCUCACCUCUCAGUUCAGGCAGAUGGAGCAGGAGCUGGCCGAGGCUAGGAGGCAGAUGGAGGACCAGCUGGCAGAAUCUAGGAGGCAAGCGGAGGAGGUGCUGACAGAAUCUAGGAGGCAGGCGGGAGAGGAGCUCACAGAAUCUAGGAGGCAGAUGGAGCAGGAGCUGGUGGAGGCUAGGAGGCAGGUGGAGGAGGAGAGGCAGCAGUGGUUCCAGGAGGCCAGCAGUGCCAAGGCGGAGCUGGCCAUCCUGAGGGAGAGACUGGAGGCCGCAGUGAGCGAUAAUGAGGAGGCGCUGAAGGAAAAGAGCGAAGCAGAGGCUGGUAUGGAGGCAGAGCUGGCUGCACUCAGAGAGAGGUUACAGGCAGUGAGCGAUAAUGAGGAGGCGCUGAAGGAAAAGAACGAAGCAGAGGCUGGUAUGGAGGCAGAGCUGGCUGCACUCAGAGAGAGGCUACAAGCAGUGAGCGAUAAUGAGGAGGCGCUAAGGGAAAAGAGUGAAGCAGAGGCUCGUAUGGAAGCAGAGCUGGCUGCACUCAGAGAGAGGCUACAGGCAGUGAGCGAUAACGAGGAGGUGCUGAGGGAAAAGAGUGAAGUAGAGGCUGGUAUGGAGGCAGAGCUGGCUGCACUCAGAGAGAGGCUGGAGGCUGCCGACAGGGAGAAGGAGGAAGCGGUGGCGAGGCUGGAGAUCGAGGCCGGGGAGCGAGUGGCAGAGAUUGCCGCCCUCAGAAAGAGGCUCCAGGUCACGGAGACAGAGGGGAAUGACCGAGAGUGGAGAGAGGGGGAGGUGGUGGCCCGGAUGGAGGCUGAGCUCAUCGCCCUUAGAGGGAGGCUGGAGGCCGUGGAGCGGGAGAGAGAAGAGGGGGCGCAGAGCGAAGGGGAGACCAUGGCACGGAUGGAGGCUGAACUCGCCGCACUGAGGGACAGGCUGGAGACGGAGGGGGAGCGGCAGCAGGUGGCUGAGACCAUGGCGGAGCUGUGGAAGGGGCUACGCGCCCUGGCCGGGGGGGAGGCGGAGCCACAGGGGGAGGGGGAGGAGCUCCCUGUCCUGAGCGACCCCACCCUCUGUAUGGAGGCCCUGCGGACUCUCGAGAAGCGGCUGAACAGCCUGAGGGGCGAGUGGCACGGGAGUGAGGAGCGCUGCAGUCAGAUCAGCCUGGCUAUGGAGGCUCUACAGGGAGAGCUGGAUAAGAGCGUUGCAGAGGGUGAGGAAUCUGUUGCCAGGAUACAGCAGCUGGAGCUGCAAAUCAGCUCACUGAAGAUUGCUGGAGGUUCGCAGGCUGUGGCUGUUACUGACCCACUGCUGGAGGGUCCAAUGGCUGCAGAGGGAGGAAUGGCUAGACCAGCCCUAGAUAACCAAGCCCAUAUGGAGAAGGACAUGGGUGGAGAGCAUGAUUCAAACAGUGCACAGUUGCUCGACAAUUCUCAAAUGAUGGCUCUUGAGCAACAGCUUUUGGAGAAGGAACAGGAGCUGGCUGCCCUACGCACACGUCUUGCAUUCACUGAAGAGCAGAGCUGCAGUAGCAAGAGUUCACCAGAGGGCAGCACUGAGCAUGGCCAGGAGGGCACUACAGGCAAGCUGGGUGAAGUUUCAGUUCUGAUCGAUAUCCCAGAGGACACAGAAACAGAGGAAGUGGCCCUUGUAGCUGAAGACAGCUCCUUCCUCUCAGCUGCUGGAGAUAAAGAGGGCAGCCCAGAGCUCAUUGGCCUACAGCCUGAAUCUCCAGAAGACGGGGAGACAAAGGGAGCGCCCUCCGAUGAGAUGGUGACCAGCAGCGACUCUGAUGCAGCCCCUAGCAGCUGGACACUCCUGGAAGCUGUCAACCAAGAGGGCGGACAGGAGUGGCCCUCCUUGAUGCAGGACUUUGGGCAGCUGCACCUGCAGUCCUGGGAGGAGGCUGGUGAUGAGCAGAGCGCAUCCACCAUCUGCUCUGUGCAGGCAGACUCCUCCUCUGUCAUCAUUCGGGAAAGCGUUGAGGUGCACAUCACCCAGCAGGGGGCCAUACUGCAGGGGGUGGAUUCAGGCUCUGGCCAGGCCUUUGCUCAACUCCUGGCAGAGGAGCUGCAGAGGAGGUACAGUGAGCUGCUGGCAGAGCUCCAGAGCCUGAGAGAAGGAGCGUCACGUUCACAGAGGAGGACAGAGGAGCUGGAAGAGGAGCUGAUGGAGCUGCAGGCAGCUAAGGACCUGGCAGAAUCUCUGGCAUUAGAGCGGGAGGAGGCACUGAAUGCUGCCACAAGAGAGCUGCAGGAGGAGGCCCAGCGAAGGAGUUCUGUAAUAGAGUGCCAGAGUACUGAAGGCAAGGUCCUUGAGGAGCAACUAGCCAGUCUGAGGAUGGAGGCUUGCUCCAAAGACCAGAAGCUCCAGGCACUCGAGGUAGACCUGGAAAAAGCCCAGCACUGCCUCUUAGAGAAAGAGGGCCAGGCCAGGAUGCUGAGUGCUAUGCUGGAAGAAAAGGAGCUGGUCUCUGUGGGGCUUGAACACAAGCUUAGUGAUGCUGAGCUUAGGUUGCAGGAAGCCUCCCAGGCUAAUGCUACUGCCGAAGUUGUUCUCAGUGAGCGGUCCGCUGAGAUCCAGGAACUGCAGCUGCACCUCUCGCAGAAGGCGCAGCAGUUGGAGGAACUUAGCAUGGUCAUGUCUGACAAGCUGCACCAGGCUGGAGAGGAAAAACUUGUAAUUAGCAGCGAGGUGAAGAAAUUGAAAGAGCAAAUGGUGGAUCUGGAGAAGGUGUGGGAAGAGCAGCAGAAAGAGAAAGGGAGCCCCACAGAGGAGGUUGAGGAGGUGGUGAGCCUAAGGAGGGCUAAUGAAGAGCUGAGUGCCAAGUUGGCCACCAUAAAGAAAGACGGAGACCUAAUGAAGAGGAAGCUGCAGGCAGCCCUGGUGCAGCGCAAAGAGCUUCUUAGAAAAGUUGAAGCGUUUGAGCAAGAAGCAGAAAAAAGGAAAGAAUAUGGAGAAACUGAGGAGAAAUCCAUUACAGAGGUUCCAGAGCCAGAACAUGAAAUGGAAAAAGAAAGGAUGAAAAAGGACAUUCUUCAAUUGGAAGCUGCUUUGGAGGAAGCCAGACAGACCUUAAGAACCAAAGAGAAUGUUUUUGAGACAAUGGAACUGAGGAUGGCCCAGCAGGAUCAAGCCUUGGCUGAGGCCCUUGCAGUUAACCAGAAGCUGAAUGAGGAGUUGGAGAACAACCCAUCCCAAAUCCCAGAUGUGGAGCAGGCACAAAGGGAGGUAGAUGAGAGAGCGGCACUGCAGUCACAGCUGGCAUCUCUAAAAACGGAGUAUGAAACCCUGCAGAAAAAGCUCCAGGAAGCCCUGGAAAACCGGAAGGACACCAUCCGCAAGGCCAAGGAGAAGGACCGGCACUUCCGUGAGCAGCUGAAACAGCAGAAAGAGGAGCACAAUGGGCUACUGGAGCGUUUUGAUGAGCAGACCAGAGAGAGGGACAGGCUGUUGGAACAACUGAAUGAGCUGGAACAACUGAAAGCACAGAAGGAGGUAAAAGCUCACAGCACAAAGACAGAAGCAGAAGAGGAGGAAGAGAAAGAGAAGGCAGACGCCCCCAAUUUAGAGAAGUUGGAAAGACCUGGCGGGGAUUGGGGUCAGGAGGACUGGGUGGAUUUUUCUGCAACAGAGCCAGAUACUGAGCCCCUACCAGAGAAAGACAAUGCCAUCCUCAGUGUGGAACAAACUCCACCACUUCUACCAACAGCUCCUGCUGAUGGGUCUGCCCUUAAAGCCCUUCAGAAGGAAAUAGAGGUCGAGCAAGCAUCUCGGCAAGAGCUGGAGAGACAGCUGGAGGAGAGCCAGGCCUGCCUGUCACUGAAGGAAACUGAGCUCCUAGACAUGCGUAAGGAGCUGCAGGAACUGAGGGAAAAGGAGAGGCAGAUCGAUGUGCUCUCAGGGGAGAUGGAGGCACUGAGGGAGAAGUGGCAGCAGGCACAGUCUCAGACAGAAGCCUUGAGGGCAGAGAUAGAGGCACAGGAGAGUAACACUGGGCCAGAUUCCCCUGUUAGCCUCCUGCAGGCCGAGGUGCAAGAGUUCAAGCAGUUCCUGAGCAGCAAGAAUGAGGAGAUCACAGAGCUCAGUUGUCAGCUGAGUGAGCAGAACUCCCUCCUCCUAGCAGUGCAGGAGACUGUGUCGGAGAAGGAUCAUCUGAUCGCCUCCCUGCAGGAAGACUUGAAAGCAGAGCAAGAGAAGACUCAGAGACUGGAGGCCGAGGUCCCACAGCAGCAGGAAGAGGAAAAUGCAGCGAACACCGCCAAAUUCCAGCAGCUCCAGCGCAAGUUACAGGCGGCACUCAUCUCCCGUAAGGAUGUGCUGAAGGAGAGCAAGACACUGAAGGAGGAACUGGUCUCUGCGCAGGCGGUCAUGGCAGAGCUUCGGCAGAGGCUGGAGGCCGGAGAGGCAGAGCUGGAGAAGCUGAGGGGGGAGAGAGAGAAGCUUAUUGAGGAAGUGGACCGAGCCCUGCUGGAGAACGAAAGUCUGGGAGCCUCCUGCGAGAGCUUCAAGCUUGCAAUGGAAGGGGUGCUGAAGGAGAAGGAGGUGCGUGAGCGGGAGGCUUCGUACUCAAAGGAGCAGGCUGCGCAGACAUGCCAGGAAUGGGAGGAAAAGGUGCAGGGAAUGAAAGAGGAGUACGAGACGCUGCUCAAGUCAUAUGAGAAUGUCAGCGACGAGGCCGAGCGUGUGCGGCGGGUUCUCGAAGCUGCCCGACAGGAGCGGCAGGAGCUGAUGACAAGGGCCAGGGCGCACGAGGCAGCCAGGCAGCAGGCUGAGCGGCAGGCCGAGGAAGCUCAGAGAGAAGUGGAAACUGUUAAGGAAAAGAUGAGGAAAUUUGCUAAGACUAAGCAGCAGAAAAUCAUGGACCUGGAGGAAGAGAAUGAGAGGCUGAGAGAGGCAGAGGAGAGGAAAGGUGAUGGUGCUGAAAGGAGAGAGCAUAGGAGACAGAAAGAGGAGCUGGUAAGAGUUAAGGAGGAGCUUGAAAUGCUAAAAGCUGAUUUGGAAGUUGUGAGGGACCAAAAAGACUUGCUUGAGCAGGAAGCCACAGAGCUGAGAGAGCAGCUGGCCCAGGAGCUUGAGAAAGCAAACACUCAGCCCCAGGACACAAGCCCCAGUCCUGUUGCUAUAGUGGAGGAGGCUGUCAUUGCACAGCAGUCUAGCUUGGUUUUGACUCAAACAAACCAGGAACUCAAUGAGAACCGUGAGGAUCCUGAGAAAGCCAAUCUGAUGGAAAUGCCUGCGGAAGUUGCACCAGAACCAAAUUCAGUAGAGGAUGCCCCAGAAAUGGGACCCUCUAAGCACACACUGGAACAAGCACAGGAUAAAGUGAGAGAAGCUGAGGCAGCCCUUCAUGCAGAGAAGGAAUCGAGGCAGGAGCGUGAACUGGAGCUGACUGCAAGCCUGUCCUCCCUGGAGCAGCGGCUGAGGGCAGCUGAGGAGAGGGAGGAGAAGCUUCAUUCAGACAGGGAAUCGAGGCAAGAGUGGGAGGCUGAGCUGACCGCAAGCCUGUCCACUCUGGAACAGCAGCUGAAGGUGGCUGAGGAGAGGGAGGAGAACCUGAGGGAGGAGGCAAUUCGAAAAGGGGUCCAGUUGGAAGAGGUCCAGGCCCGCUUGGAGGCAGAGAAGGAUGAUUUGGAAGAGAGGUUGAUGAAUCAGCUGGCCCAGCUCAAUGGCAGCAUUGCUGGCUACCAGCAGGAGGCAGCAGACAGCAGAGAGCGCCUCACAGAGCUGCAGCGAGAGGUGGAGAGGCUGGAGAGAGAGCGAGCGGAGCUGGAGGCUGUAGCCGAGAGCGAGAAGGACCGGUCAGCCCGGCUGGAGGAGGACAAGAGGCAAGCACAGAGAGAGAGGGCAGAGGCAGAGGCGGAGACAGGGAAGCAGAGGGAGCUGGAACAGAAGCUGAAGUCAGCACAGAGAGGAAAGGAGGGCAGCCAGAGCCGUGCCCGACAGCUGGAGGAGCUGCUGAGGGAGAAACAGUUGGAGGUGCGGCAGAUGCAGAGAGACUGCAUCCAGUACCAGGAGCGAAUCAGCGAACUGGACAAGGAGGCCAAGGCCCUGCAGCUGGGCAAGAAGGAGGCAUGCUGUGAGUUGGAGGCUGCCCGCCAGGAGACCACAAAGACUUCGGAGAAGAUGAAGAGAGUGGAAGAGGAGCUGUCCCUUUGCAAAGUGAGUUUGGAAGAGACACAGAGGGAGUUAGGACACGCACGGGGAGAGCAGCGAGCCUCUGAGGAGAAGGCUCUGCAGCAUGAGGCUCAGAGCAAGGUGGAAGCAGAGCAGACGCUGGAUGAAGUGAGACUACGACUUGGUGCAGAGUUGAAGCAGGCCGAGCUGAGGCUUGAGGACGCCUAUCGAGAGGUUGAGCGGGAAGAGGUAGCAACCGAGGAGGCCCGACAACUGGCAGUUGUCAGGGAGAAGCAGGCUCAGGAGAUGCAGUGUCAACUGGAUGAAUCGCUAGCGCGACUGGCUGCCUUCUCGCGCUCCAUGUCAUCGCUGCAGGAUGACAGGGACCGCGUGCUGGAUGAGGCGCGGCAGUGGGAGAGCCGAUUCCACAGCACCCUUCAGGGGAAGGAGGCAGACGUUCGGGAGGCAGAGAUGCGUGUGCGAGACCUUACAGAACAGCUGCAGAAAGAGACAGCCCAGAAAGCGGAGCUACAGCUCGCACUGGCAAGGCUGCAGAAAGCAGAGGAAGAGUGGCAGCAUAAGUGGGAAGAGGAGGGGAAAAGGCACAGAGAGAGCCAGGCUGCUCUGGAGAAGGAGCGGGGCGAACUGAAGGAAGCCCUGACACAGGCGGAGAGCUCCCUGGCCCAGACGCGGGCUCAGCUGGCCACCCUGGAGACUGAGGCUGAGGGGCUUCGGCACAGGGCCCAGGCGCUGGACGAAGCCGUGGGGGAGCUCCAGCGUGGGGCGGAGAAGGCCAGAGCAGAGCUGAGGGACAGGGAGGCAGAGGAGAGAAGGCUGGGGCUCUGUCUUGAGCAGCUGGAGACAGACCUACGGUCCUCCAAGGCCCUGACCGAGGCCCUGCAGACGGAGCUUGGGGAGAAGGAGAGGAGAGAGAUGGAGCUUCUAGGAGAAAAAGAACAGGCUGUCACACAGGCUGCAGAGGAGGCCAGGCGGGAGGCAGAUGGGAGGGCACGGGAAGCGGAGAAAGAGGUGGAGGAGAGGAGAGAGGAGGUGCGGGGCUUGGAGGACCGGGUACGCAAAGCAGUGGAGGAGAGCAGUCACAGCAAAGCCCGUUUGGAUGCCUUCACCAAGGCCAUGGGCUCCCUGCAGGAUGACCGCGACCGAGUGCUUACCCAAUACAAACAGCUGGAGGAGCGCCACCUGCAGGUGAUGAUGGAGAAGGACGCACUGAUCCAGGAGGCGGCAGGGGAGAACAACAGCCUGAAGGAGGAGUUGCGGGGCCUGCUGGUGCAGAGGGAUGACCUGAACGCCGAGAAGGCCAAGCUGUCGGCCCAGCUGCAUGGCUACAGGGACGACCUGACCCAGGUGCUCAGCAUGAAGGACUCCCAGCACAAGCAGCUGCUAGCUGGACAGACUCAGCGGAUUGUAGCCCUGGAGCAGGAGAAGCAGCUGAUGGAGACUGAACUAAGGUCGCUGCAGCGGGAGAGAGAGGAGGCUGGGGGCCGGGAGGUGGCGGUGGAGAGGGUAACGCUGAGUCGGGCCGCUGGGGAUGGGGCAAGGGCAGAGGUGGAGGAGCUGAGGGAGCAGCUGCAGGCGGCGCUGGACCAGGUCGCUUCCCUGGAGGGGGACUUCCAUUCGAUGAGGGAGGCGGAGGACGCCCGGGUGAAGGAGCUGAGCGAGCUGCGCUGGGAGGGCGGGGUGUUGCGCACAGAGACGGAGACGGCGGAGGAGAGGGUGGCGGAGCUGGCCCGGGACCUGGUGGAGCUGGAGCAGAAGCUCCUGACCGAGAGGGAGGAGGCAGCCCAGAUCCGGGAACAGAACAAGUCCUUCGGACAGGCCAUGGCGUCCCUGCAGGACUCCCGGGACCAGGCCAUCAACGAGGUGGAGGAGCUACGCCUCCGCCUGGAGGAGAUGAGCAGGAUGGGCACGCAGCCUGCAUCACCGUCGCCCCCUGCUGGCUCCACUGGUGAAGUGUGGGCCCUGAAGAACGCUCUCUCAGCCCUGCAGAACGACAGGGAGAGGCUGCUGGAGCAGCUACGGAUUCAGAGGUCCGAGCUGUCCCGGGUGGGCCAGGGAGGCGAGGAGCUGGCCAGGGUUGCCCUGGAGCUGGAGGAAGAGAGGAGGAAGGCCAAAGAGAGGGAAGAGCGACUGGAGAAUGACCGACAGGAGCUGGAGACACUCAGGCAGCAGAGGGUGGACUGGCAGGCCCAGGCGGAACUCUUGAAGCAGCAGACCCUGGCCACUCUUACUGACCGAGACCAGCAGGUCCAGCAGCUCAGCGCCAUGCUGGAGGAGGCCCGUGCGCUCUCACCCAAAGUGCAGGCAGAGCAGUACCAGAGAGAGGCACCGUUGGGGACAGACCUUUCUGCUGAGCACCAGGUCCUGCAGGCAGAAAGCGGGCAGCUAAGCGGGCAGCUAAGCAGCCAGCAAGAUAACCCUCUGAAGGAACUUGAACUGAAGGAGCUGAAGAUCAUAGAUCUCAGCAGCAAGCCCCUACCUCUCCCUCCCUCUCCCCAGCUAUCUCAGGUGUCUGAAGAGAAACACUCGCUGGCUGCCCAGCUGGUGAGCCGCUCUCAGAGGCUGGAUGAGGCCCAGAGUCGCUGCAGUGCCCUCCAGAGGCAGCUUCAGGAAAUGCAGGAGGAUAAAACCAAGGGUAGCCCUGAAAUGGACAGUGCCCCUGGAGCCCCUCAGGAGCGCAGCAGCUCCACAGAGAGCGAGGGAUACAGGUCAGAGUUCAAGGAGCUGCAGCGCAGGUUGGAUGAGGAAUUGGAACACAGACAGGCAAUGGAGGAACAGUUGCUGGCCACACAAGAUCGUCUGAAGAGGCAUGCACAGGGCAUGUGGCAGUCAGAAGAGGGGAAUUUCUCAGAAACCGCUGUCCUCAUCGAGCCACCAGAGGGCACUGUGACACGGAGCCGGAAUACUGGCCCAGGGCUCGGCCGGAUGCUCCGGGCGGCGUUCUGCUCCCGCCAGCGCACCCCCCUGCUGGCCUCCCUCUACCUGCUGACUGUGCACGUCCUGCUGCUGCUGUGCCUGGGAGGCUACCUGUGAGAGCCCCACCGGCGCCUGCUGAUGACAUCAUUUCAAAACGACUGAGCACGGGACAGGCUUAGAGUGUACCACGCAUUUUUUGGAUGCAGUACAAACAAGAAAAAGACUUGUCUUAGCCCAAGACAUUACCCCAAAACAAAGCGGGAUCAUGCACCACUAUAUCCACUGGCAUCUCCAAGACUGGGUUGGGUUAAUGUCCCUUAAUGUUAGAGGAUGGCACCUGGUUUGCCAUAAGUAUAGAACUGACAGUUACCAGUUCUACUUCUGCCUGCACCCAGUGCUCUACAUUUAGUGUCCUUCACUUUGCUUCCCCUAAGAAACUCUGAACACUUCAACAGAGGUACACUUGCUAUUUAAGGGGUAUACUUUAUCCACAAACUGUAAAAAUUUUAUGCCAAGGCUAAUCCUUCCUACAAAGGUGUCAGAAAGAUUGCGGUAGUGAAAAGGGCAGCAUUGCACAGAAGAUGCCUUGUGAGUCGGAGAGAAUCGCUGUUUGUCGGGGGAGAGGAGGGCUUUGGAGGCUAUGGUUAAAUUCAUCUCCCUCUGUCACUCUGUCCCUCACACAUGGACCUUGCAAUGGAACUGGGAGAAAAGGGAGAAUUUUAAUCAACUACAUUCCAGCUUUCCGGUAGACCUUUAGCUACUUUACUGUAUUAUUAAAAUAUUGGUUUUAAACAACACUGUCUUGAGAAUGUACAUCAGCUCACUGGACUCAGUGUGAACAUGUGACUGUAUGAACGGUGCGUUUUUUAUAUAAUGUGUGUGUGUGUGUGUGUGGUGAGGGGUAGCCCUAUCGGCUGUGUGUUCCAUCACACGCCAGUGAGGAUCCUUUCUACGCCUCACUGUCAUUGCUCUGUGAAAGCCAAGAGCAGUGCCUUUGUCAUUUAAUUUAAUGCAUCAAUGUUACUGCUUCAAUUCCAAUGGAGUGUUAUACCUUGUCAGCCAAUGGAUAUCCCCAUAUUAAUUUAUAAUAAUAAUAAUAAUAAUAAUAAUAAUUCAUAAUUAAUUUCUUCUCCUUUUCUUUCUUUUUCUUCCGAGCAGAUCUAGUCUGACCUGCAUAGAUUUCUGUAGAUUUAUAAAUCUACACAGUUGCCCGUGACUUCUGAGAUUUCCAUGCCAUUUUGCACCUCCCUCUGUCCCAUCACCCCUAUCACAUCACAGCCCUGAUCCAUUAUACUGUAAAUUAAUAUUGUAUAGGAGAGUUGUAUGAUUAUUGACAGAAAAAUAAUUGCCAUUUCGGAGCUGUUUGGUCUGUUGUGCGCACAGUCCAGUGUUUCUGUAUCUCUGUAUAAUCAGUGUAAAAAAAUACAAAAACAAAAAAAAAAACCUAUUCUUUCAUAUUCUUCACCCUGUCGUCUUGCCGAGUUAUUUUUUAAAUAAAGUCUACAAUUUAUGGGAAAA